AUGGUGCACAUUGGCACGGUACUCAUAAGCGCCGUAAAGUUGGCGACCAAGUUGGCCGGCGGCGGAAAACUGCUGUUGUUCCCCACGUUCCUCGCGGCGUUGGCCUACUACAAUUACGACCUGUACGACCCGGAGAGCCGUCUGGUGAACGAGAAGAACCUCCGGGCCGAGUAUGAUUUCAUAGUGGUCGGCGGCGGUUCGGCGGGCGCGGUGGUCGCCAACCGGCUGUCCGAACACCCGGAAUGGAACGUACUGCUGCUGGAGGCGGGCGGACACGAGUCGGAGCUCACGGACGUGCCCGUCAUAUCGCUGUACCUGCACGGCUCCAAGUACGACUGGAAGUACAAGACGCAACCGGACAGCGCGGCGUGUAACGCGAUGAAGGGCAAACGGUGCUGCUGGACCCGGGGCAAAGUGAUCGGCGGCUCCAGCGUGCUUAACACCAUGUUGUACGUGCGGGGCAACCGGCGGGACUACGACAACUGGGAGCGCAUGGGCAACCCGGGAUGGGGAUUCGAGGACGUGCUGCCGUAUUUCAAAAAGUCCCAGGACCAGCGGAACCCGUACUUGGCCAAAAACACCAAGUACCACGCCACCGGGGGAUAUCUCACCGUGCAGGACGCCCCGUGGAACACGCCCCUGGGUGAGUGCAUGCGGCUGGCGCGCGCAAACAGUUGGUUCGGUUCUCGGUGAAACGGCCGGCCCGAGGGAGUCGGUAUACGCGCGCGUUACAACGACGGUACUCUUUUCGUAAUCGGUUACGCGAGAACCGGUAGGAGGUUUUUGUUGUUGUUUUUUUUCUGUUUUUCCGUUUUUGUAUUCCCCCCGAAUCGCUGCGCAUACCACGGUACGCUUAUCCCGGUGUGUAAUUUCGUUAAACACACCUUCCCAUAGCAAUUAUUAUAAUUGAAUACGCCGCCGCCGUCGUAAAUAAUCCGCAUUACUCGGGUUAAUCGGCCACGCGCGGCUAAAGACAAACGUAAUCGAAAUCCGCCGGGCCGCCCGUUGGACCGCGGGUACUGUGUAACCGCCCGCGACGCGUCUAAAACACAUUAGAUUCUCGACGAUUUUCUUGUUCAAACAGAACAGCGUACCCCGUCUGUUUUCGUUAUAACGACAUAAUAACAACGCGCGUGUUAGGCCGAAAAUAUCGUAACGUUAUUGGUUUUUUUUUUUCUUGAGUAAGGCGACGAACGUGUUGGUUUUUUACAGUGAUGUCUUUUAUUUUUUUUCCCCCGUGCAGCAACUAUCAGCGAUUUUUCUCCGAUUUACAAUGAUAGCAUUUUGCUCAAAAGCAAAUCUGACCGGGAAGGUACUUUAGGAAGGUCAUUUUUUUUUUUUUUUUUUUUUUUUCCCAGACGUUUUUCAAAUAAAUUGGAAAAAACAUAGGAAAACCGAAAAAAUCGAUACAAUAUUAUUAUUAAUUAUUUUACCAUACAACGUGGCAUACAUAUCGUUGACAUAGCAACACUAUCAACCGAACUUCGCUCAGAAUCGUUUUUUCGUUAACAAUGGUUUAUCGUUGCUUACGGAUGUACAUUAAUUUCGCCUCUACUACAUUCCCAACUUCUCACCAAUAACAGUAGCUGAGCCAUUCCCCAUUACCCUAGCUGUCGCUUUUUACUAUUCGUUCGUAUGAUUUUCAACAGCCGAUAGGUAAUGGAUGAAAACUUCAACUAAUAUAGUAUUAUUCGUAAACCGAACCAUUAUGUACAUAGUAUUAUUAUCUAUCGUACAUUUUACGUUUCGAUACAAUUCGCUGCUAUAAUGGAUAAUAUAAUAAUCCAUUACAAUUUCGUUUUAAAUUCCUAACAAAUCGAAUAAUGGUUUGUUUUAUUCGUAUUAAAAUAAUCAUAGAAAAUCAUUUUUUUUUUUUUUUGUAUCUGUAAACGACUUUUCUACUAGAAAUUCCUCUGAAACUUAACACGAAGUCGAAAACUUUAUAUGAACUUUCUCGUAACAUUUUGAAUCUAGUCGAUGCAUUUAGGAAGUAAUUUAUUAUUUUUCUUUUAAUUUCCUUGUUAAAUGGAACAUAAAAAUGCGACUAAUCAUACCUUGCUCAGAAUAGUUUUUCAUAAGCAAUGUUUUAUCGUAGCGUACAGAUUCAAUAAUAAAUAAAUAAAUAAUAAGAGCCCUUCAAAUAUUAUCUUACGCAAUUGCCUGAUCAGGAAAAAAUAAAGUAAAACAGAGUCAGAUUACAUAUAAUGUAUAAUGAGUAUUAUAAAACUAAUUCGAGUUUUUAAUAUUGCAUUAAAAAUGUCUCGGUCACAAUAAUAAACUAGCAGUAACUUUAGCAACAACUUAACGGUCCACUACCCCCCGUCCUCUGGGACUUUUCAGGUUUAAACUAAAGGGGAUUGAUAAUAUUACCUUAAGAACAGAACUCCGCUCUCUUUAAUUCCCCAAUCCCACUUUAACCACUCGCCACAGCCUCAUUUAUUUUAUUACAAGCAGCUUGACUAUGUCAAUAUGAUUGAUCUCGAAAUAUUUGUUCGAAACAAAAAAAUGUGUUAUUUCUAAAACGUAUAGCCGCUACAUUAAGUGUGUAUCGUAAAAAAUUGUAUUUUUUUUUUUUUUUUUUAUUCGAAAAUUCGGUGUCACUUGAUAAACAUUACAACAUAACUAUACGCAUUGUAUUAAUAUAAUAUAAAUAUCGAUAGUAAAAAUAUCGUCUUACGUCGACGAUUAGCAUCAGAAUUUUAUCUGCAAUGAGCAAAUAAUAAUAAUUACGAUUUCGGCAAACGGGCAAUGGUAACCGGAUAGUACAGCCCGCGGUAAAAUUUAGAUAAAAAAAAAAAAAAAAAAUUAUAAAAAUAUUGUUUACACGCGUUAUAGAAACUAGAAAGUAAUCGUAAUUCGUUACAUUUUUCACGCCAGACGACUUAUUUACCAUUAUAAAAUAAACACGCGAGAUAACAAAGAUUAAUAAUAUACGUGCAGUCACAGUAAUAAGUAGGUAUACAAUAUUAUAACAGUUGUGUAAUAAAACGACUGGUUCAAACCUGUUUGGUUCGACGUAAUUUUGAUGUAUCGGGCCCAUUAAGUAAAAUGCCGAACUCGUCACGAGCGUCGAAAAAUGAUGAUUUGCAAAUCGCGACUAUUGUAAAACUCAAAUGAAAAAAAAAAAAAAAAAUCGAUCGAAUGUCACGUUACACGUGAAAACGGCUGUACGAUUACUGGUGACGAUGAUAUAUUAUAACGAAAUAUCAUUAUUCCUCUCCGUCAUUAUCCCACGCGAUUACACUCUUAUUUUUACCGUCCACAUUUCUCCUCAUCCAGUCCAUCGACGUUUCGACAUCAACUCCAAAUUUCCCCAACAAUAACGUCGCUAUACACACACACACACACACACACACACACAUGGGUAUAACGAUAUUAACAAACGCCAGCGACUUUUUCUUUCGCCUACCGCCUAUUACCGUCGGCUUAUUCUGACGAAAUGUUAAUUUUUAUAUUUUUUUUUUUUUUAAUUUCCCCCGGCCAGGCAUCGCGUUCCUGCAGGCUGGCGAAGAAAUGGGCUACGAGAUCAGGGACACCAAUAGCGAGAUCCAAACGGGAUACGGGCUCUAUCAGUUCACGAUGCGCCGCGGAUACCGGUGCAGCUCGUCCAAGGCGUUUUUGCAACCGGUCCGGCUCCGGAGGAACCUGCACGUGGCCCUUUGGUCGCACGUUACCAAGGUGCUCGUGGACCCGGCCACCAAACGGGCGUUCGGCGUGGAGUUCGUGCGAGACGGCCAAAAGAGGACCGCGCUGGCCAAGAGGGAGGUGGUGCUGUCCGCGGGCGCCAUUAACAGUCCGCAGCUGCUCAUGCUGUCCGGUGAGUGAAAAUAUCGCUGUGCCGAAUGCGCACGGUGUUACGUUGGGUUAAUUAUACGGGCCGCGCGCGAGAGAAACACAUUAUACGAAAACCGAUCAUUCCUACGAGAAAUCCAUAGUUCUGCAAUAAAUAUAAAUUACGUAACUCCCUGCAAUAAAAAUGUGUUGAUCAAUGCUGACGAAAAUAUCCGACGGACUUCAUUCUUCGGGGUCACGACAUUACCCAGCAGGCUCAUCGUGCCGCUUCGGAUGUCACCGCUGACCCGUUUGAACCGGCCUGGUCUGGCCGGCUCCCGGCGAGCCGAAAAACCCAAGACUUUUUCCGAUCGGUUUUUAAAUGCGAAAAAUAACCUAGGAGCAGUGAAGCUCCGUUGAAUUUCUUCCCAGCCAAUCCGUUGCAAUACCUGAUCCAAACUAGUUACAAUUAGUAAUUUAAACACAUUUUAGUUCGUAAGGCUAUUCAAAACUCCGGCAUUUCCUGCGAAAACAAGAAAUUUGGUUAGAGAAUUGUUUAAACGUUUAAACCCCCAAAAGGCACAUCCUUGAUAUUUACGCCACACACAUUCAAAAUCGUAUUCCCCGGCUUCGUUUUCAGAGUUUUUACGGGCGUAUAAUGCCUAAAAACAACCCUCCUCCCGCAACAACACGGUAAAAUAUAUCGUAAAAUUCAACAAAAAUUUUACCUAUUCAAUCCGUCUAAAAAAAAAAAAAAAAAAAAACCUCUAAUUCCGGAGUUCGAACGCAUUUGGUCCAGAGGUAGUCGCUAAAAGUGUCCAAAAGUAACGGGGAAAAUGUACUGAAUGAAUCACUCGCUCACACCGUUUUUUGAUUAAAUUUUGCAUUACAACUGAGAUUCCACUGCACUCCGCCAACCUAAACUUAAAUAUCUCGUCAAUGGGUUAAGGUUAAUGAUACUUCUUAAAUGCUUCUUCGUAAAAUUUAAUCAAAAAAAAAAACAAUUUAACCGGAAAACGUCGAGAUCAUUUUCGAAACGAUUGAAAAAAAAUUGGAAUACCGUUUUUUCGGGCGGCCGGGCCGGUUUUCCGUCGGAACGCGCUUUCGUGUAGCGCAAUUUGAUGAACCGUCCCCGGGGACGGAUUCCGCGACGCGCUACCGUUCGGUUUACCGGCCCGUCCUCGGCCGUCUACGUGCCAAUCUACGGGCCCGGCGGCACGUCCGCCGUCUGCGCGAGCCGACAGUAAUAACACGGUAAUAGUGUUUUGUUAUGUUAUUGCGCAACUUGUACGUCGCGAAACGCGCGCACGUUCGUAGUUGGGCUUAUUUUAUUUAUUUUUUUUUUCUCUAUCUUUCUCCGUUACGAAGUUACACGACCGAUGCACAACACAGUCCCGCACGUUAACUUUGCCCGGUGAAAGCGGACCGGCCGUGAGGCGUUCGCCGUAAUCCGGUCGACGUGCAUACGCCUCGGUCCGGAACGCCGGAACGCCGCAACGAUAUUACAUUGUACGCGAUUAUGCCACCGGGGGUUUUUUUUUUGUUUAUUUUCAUUUUUCCACCAGGUAUCGGGCCGGAAGAACACCUGAAGACCGUCAACAUACCGGUGAUCCGUCAUUCGCCGGGCGUCGGCGAAAACCUUAUGGACCACAUUGCCGUCGGCGGUCUGAUGUUCCUGAUCGACUAUCCGGUCAGUCUGGUGAUGAACCGCGUGGUCAAUAUACCGACGGCCUUAAGGUAUGAACCGAGAAGACCGCACGCGCGGUAUAUGGUCGUCAAUAGGGAAAAAAAUGCCGGAAAAAACACUGGAAGAUGUUGGGGUAAAAACCGGUCUUUUUUGUCCAAAAACAGGGGUAAAAUUGGAGAAUUCAAAAAUGCCGUUUUUUCUAGUCCCCCCUCCUGAAAAACAAUUUUAUUUACGUCGAAAUUACCCGGUUUUUUUUCUCGGGAAUUUCGAUCCUUAACCACGAGUGGUGAUUGAUUUUAAAAUUCGGAUACAUUUUUAUUUUAAUUUUAUUACAAACUAUUCAAACGAAUACUACGGGUACUUGUGGGGAAAAAUAUGUUUAUCAUUAUUUUAAUUAAAAUAAGCCUUACGUGUCUUGUAAUAAAACAGGAGGUUUUAUCUCGAAAAACAGCAGGUUUGGUGUAUUUUUUGUGUUUGUUUAUUUUACUAUAAUAUUAUGCAAAGUACCUGGCCUUAGUCAUCUUGAUUGAUGAUUCAUCAUCAAUCGCCAAUACAAAUAUCACUGAUAGGUAUGAUUAAAAAAAAACAGCACUGCAGUAUCUCCAAUUACCAAAAGUAAAAAAAAAAAGUACUUGAUUUUUGAUAAGGUAUUUAUAGUAACCGGUAAUCAAGAAUCCUAUUUCCAACACAAGUCACGAAGACAAAAAAUACGAUCACCAUAAUAUACAAUUUUUUAUUGUUAUUUUUUUUUAAAUUUCUUUUAAAUAAAUCUGAAACAAUAUUAUGCAACCAGUUUUACGACGCCCGCCGCAAACGUUAGAAUCGAACCGGACCUCAACUCUUACGGGCUCCCGUACGGACCCUAUACAAUACUUUCAUACUUUAACCAUAUAAUCGGUCAGUUCGAUUAAAUCUCAGCACAUUAUUUAACGUUAAUAAAGUAAUAACGAUAUAUUAAGUAACCUAGUAUGUAUACGCUUUACUGAACAGACACGGUUAUGUGAAUGCGAUGUACCCGAGUAUAAUUAUAACAUUACAUGAACAUUAAGAAGUAAAAAUGCUUGUUCCAUCAUCGCCUAGCCCUGCGAGAUAUAAUCUCCAAUUAGUAUAAUUAAAACAAUUCAUCGGUACAAAGUAAUUACAGCGAGUUGUUCUGUUUUUCUUUUAACGGAGAAAGAGAGAGAGAGGUGUGUGUUAAUUAUAUAGAUAGUAAAAAUAAUUUCAUCAAACCAAAAACUUCGUUAACUAUUGCAUCGUAGACGAGUGUUAAAUAGUUUUGUGUUUUGUUCAUCGUUCCGUAGGGGAGAGACGUAUCCACAGUUUCACCCCUCGGUGCAAAUGCGUCACUUGCUGUACCGUAAUAUUCAAACAAUCAAAAACCUAACCGAAAAACCAGUUUGAAAGCGAUUACGUGUUGAUUUAUCAUCAAAGAAAUAAAAAAUAAUAACUAUUAGACAACGUAAUACUUGGGCAUAUAUUUCAAAAAUAGACAGCUCGAUACGUGUUCAGUACGUUACUGUAUCAUAAUAUAGUUAAUAAAUCAUCGGUUUUUUUUUUUUUUUUUUCCACUAAUCACAGGUAUGCCGUACUGGGCGAAGGUCCGCUGACAUCGUCCAUCGGCCUGGAAACGGUCGCGUUCAUCACGACCAAGUACGGUAAUCAGUCGGACGACUGGCCGGACAUCGAGUUCAUGUUGACGUCCACGUCGACCAGCUCGGACGGCGGUACGGCCGCCAGAAAGGCGCACUGUCUGCGCGACGAUUUCUACGAAGAGCUGAUGGGCGACAUGAACAGCAAGGACGUAUUCGGCGUGUUCCCGAUGAUGUUGCGGCCGAAGAGCAGAGGGCGCAUACUGCUCCGCAGCAACAACCCGCAUCAGUACCCGCUACUGUACCACAACUAUCUGUCCCAUCCCGACGACGUCCGGGUGCUGCGGGAGGGCGUCAAAGCGGCCGUGGCCGUGGGCGAGACGACAGCCAUGAAACGGUUCGGGGCCCGUUUCCACGACAGGCCGGUUCCCGGGUGCAAGCACCUGCCGCUGUUCACCGACGAGUACUGGGAGUGCGUGAUUCGACAGUACACCAUGACCAUAUACCACAUGUCGGGUGAGUUUUGAAACCCGUAAUUUCUGCGCCAUAACCGUUCGCGUGAUUUCCGCGACCCGGUCGAUUUGUCGCUCGUCCGCCCCUCUGUUAUACCGGCCCGUUUCUCGUUUCAGGCACGUCGAAAAUGGGACCGGCUACCGAUCCCAUGGCCGUGGUCGACCCUCAGCUAAGAGUGUACGGGAUCCAGGGCUUAAGAGUGAUCGACGCCAGCAUCAUGCCGCAGAUCACGAACGGCAACAUCAACGCGCCGACGAUAAUGAUCGGCGAGAAGGGUGCCGACAUGAUAGUGAAAUAUUGGAAAAGCGUCGACAGAGCCUACAGGAAAAGGCGGAAUAGCGCAUCGAACGUUACCAUUAGCUAAGGCGAAGCCGCGCGAUUUUUCCGGGAAGGAGCGUUUUUUUUUUUUAAAAAAAUAUCCAAAACGUACAUUACGAAAUCCAUAUUGAUCGCCUCAACACGCGCAAUAACAUUAUCACUGUUAUUGUUGCGCCGCUCAAUUCGUGUAGGGUAUUAUAACGACACUAAGAUCAAAACAACUCACUAUUAUUAUUAUUAUUAUUAUUAUUAUUAUUAUUAUUUUUAUUGUUAAUUUAUGGAUAGCGUCUUGUUUUUUUUUUUUUUUACUUUUCGAAUGUAUUAUUAUUACUGUACGCAUAAGUAUUACUAUCGUAGAGUUAACGGAUUUUUACCAUUUCGUAAUAAUUGAAAACUUUAAUCAUAACGAUCACACGCCAAAACUAAUAUUAUAAUAGAGUACCCGCGAUAACGGACGGCGCGCUGCGUUCGUUUCUGCCGAACGUCAUUUUAAUUUCGCGUCCGCCGAAUCUGUUUCUUUCUAACGGAAUUGUACAGUUGUCGAGAACAGUGGCACACACACACACACACACGUUCACAAAGGGGUUAGAGGGUCAACCUCCCUACCCUCCGAAAUUUCUUCCUCCGCUGCAUUUUUUUAAAUCGAGUUUUACAUUCAACGACAUACUAUCUUAUACCACAGAAUAAAAUUAAAAUUUAAUUUCGUCAAAAAUCAUUUAUUCGGUAAUAAUAGUGACAGUACCGUACUGAUAAUAUGAGCAUUGUUUUUUUUUUUUUUUUUUAGAAAUUGCAUUCGAGAAAUUUCUCCUUAUGUACCCUUACAUAGUGUAUUUCUCUACAAGUGUAUUUCGACUUACCACUAUAACGAACCUUUUUCGAAUAUCGCUUCUUAUUUAUAUGGACAUCAGCUGAUCCACAAAUGUUUAUUUGUAUAAGCUAUUAUAUACGAUCAAAAAUAUAUUAGUUUACGGACGUGGUUUAUAGAACAGUUCGUUGAAACAUUUUUUCAAUACCAAAUGAUUCAUCCCGUAUCCCGAUAUCUAGUGCCGCCGAACCUAUAACCCAAGAGGGGCAAUCGCCCCCCCCCCCUCAUUUUCUUUCGGUUGGUCAUAAAUAAGGGUCGACUAUUAAAAUUCACAGAGCGUACAUUUAUGAUAAAAACUUAAUUUUCAUCUUGAUGAUUGACACACACACAAUUAAAUACAUUUAGGUCACUGUGAUGUAGUAAUUUUUAGAGUAGGUUUGUACUGUUAACACAUAUAUCGAUUUAUAGUGAUACAAAGUAUUUUUAUACUACAAUUAGUAAUUUCGUUCAAAACAAGUGUCAUGAAAUUUAAACGGUUUUUAAGAGCGAAGGGUGCGUUUGCCUCCUCUCCUUGAAUAUUCCGCGGGCGGUGAGUGCAAAAAAUAAUUUUGCCCCCCUCCCAAAAUUAAUUUACGUUCGGCGCAACUGCCAAGAUCCAUCGGAUAUCGGUGGUUACGUAUUCACCAUUGCUAUGACUAGACGUCCUUAAACAAUAGUAUAUCCGUAUAAAUAGGUUCGGCGGAAAGGAAAAUCGAACCUUUUUUUUUAUUGUUUUUGGGAAAAGAAACACGAAUCGCGUUGUUUGGCGGAACGGUGCGCGUCUUCUUCAAAUAAUUUUUAAUUUCAUAUCUAGUCCGGUUAUAAAUUAUUGUAAUUAUUUUUAGAAUCGUUAAUAGUGUUUAUUAUUAAUUUAAUAGUUCAUAACACUGUAAUAUUAUGAAUUAUAACGUUUCUCUGUUAUAAUAGAUAAUUACAAUGUACGAAAUUUAAUUGAAUCAAAUCUAUUUUAUACUGUUUUACAAUUUAAUUAUGUAUUACUUAUUAGAAAAUAAGUACAUACAAAUGGGUUUUUAAUGGAUCUUUAAAUACCGACUAUAAAUCAAAACUAUUUAUUCGAUUAAAUUUAGUUAUUACGUGUACAAAUAUAAUUUCGAUUAAUGUUUUUUAUGUUUUAUAGUUGUACGAAUCUAUUUGUCUUCACCGGCUCAGUUUUUAACGUAAACAAAUAAACGAUGUUACCAAUAUUUUAAAAACGUGACUGCCUGUAUUGUUUCAAAUAUUACCAAGUUUAACAACAUGACGUGUGCCAUUGUGAAACGUGAUAGUUUAAUAUUGCCAUUUACCCCGUAAAUCGCAUAAGAAAGAGAGAGACUGUUUGUAUCUUUCUAUAUAUAACCUACGAGAUUUUUAUUUCGAUUUUUCAUUCCGUCCCAUAUCCAGUUCUCC